CUCGUCGGCGUCCGGUGCCGUCGCUGCGUCUGUCGUCCGGCCAUGGCGCAUCGCUCCGCUGCAUCGUCGUCGUCUCCGCUGCAGCGCCGUCUGGCCGCUGCAUCUCAUCGGCCGCACCCCGGCCAGACGAAUUCGCGAGGAUCGAAGAUGCGAGAUCGUCGCAUGGCGCCUCUCGCACGCACCUCGGCGAGGCCCGACGGCGCAGCGCACAUCUCACGAGGCACUUCCAAGCCGCGAAAUGCUUCCGAGCGGCCGUGGGAGCGCAGCAGCGCCUCCGCUCCGCUCAUCUAUGCACUCUUAGAGCCCUCCGUAGCUUCAUUUGGCCAGCUCAUCACUGCCUAGUGGCCGCACUCUGAGCGCCCAAUGCCCGCGGGAGCGUUGCAGAGACCCGUGUCCGCCUGGCAGCCGUCGAUCUGGAGGGGCACGUCCUUUCGGAGUCGGACGGACUGUCUGUGCGCUGUGCUGCAUGAUCUCCUGGGCCGCAGCCCAGACGCUCGACUCUGCGGGGCUGCAGGCUCUCCCGACGGAGCUGUGACAUCUGUCAUGCCGUGACAGCUGCGGAGAGAAGGCGGCUGCAGGCAUGUCCGCCCGGCC